UUCCACCCCUCCCACGGUUUACCGAGUUUUCACUAUGGAAUUGUUGAGUGUCCAGUGCCUUAUUGCAGUCCUAAAACCCCAAUUACCCUCGAUAAUAAUCUAUAAUGCAACUGCAGACCGCAAUUAACUCCUCGUGUGCGUCCCCCACUCAUCGAACCCCGAACCAGUGCACCUGAACGUGGAUUUCCCUUUCCAAAACAUCUCGAUAAACAGAACUUUAAGAGAGCAAAACCAUCGUGCAGCAAAAAAUGCACCACAACAGGAGAAAGAAGAAGCGAAUAAACUACGGGGUGAGGGCUGUGGAGCUGAUGAGAGGCUCCAAGGGUUUUGGUUUCACAAUUUCGGGUCAACAGCCUUGCAUUCUGAGCUGCAUUGUGGCAGGCAGUCCAGCGGAGAUAGCUGGGCUGCGUGCAGGUGACUAUCUGGUCGCUGUCAACGGCCACAACGUGGGGAAAGCCCCUCACGACGAUGUGGUUCGUCUGAUAGGGCACUCCAAGGGGAUCCUGAGGCUCCAAAUAGCCGAGAACUACUACUCAGACUCCUCGGACGAGGAGGGACCUGCGGCCUCGCGAUCAAAACCCAAAUAUUCCCACAAACAGCGAAAUUCCAGUGCUGUACCUGCGGCCUCGGGUGCACCUGCGGGACAGUUGCAGUGCAGAGUGGCCAAGGUUGUCAGGGAUCUCCAGAGUGGUGCCAUGUUCAGUGGAAGUGGAGAGGGCGAGAGGGUGGUGCAGAGCAAAAUCAUGUGUGGGCAGAAUGGCCUCUACCAUCGGUGGAAUAUGGCCAGUGCUCCACCACUGCCACCACCUCCACAUUCCCACAAAAGGGAUGCUGAGAAAAUUGUGCACAGGACGGUAGUGGGCUACCUGGGGACCAUUGAUAUACCUAAUCAACUGCAUCCCUCGACGAUGAUGCAGGUCCUCCGAAAAUGCAUAAAGCGUUUAAAAGCCGAGAAACGCACCCCAACAACAGUCCUCCUGACAAUUCACGUGGCCAACAUAAAGUUGACAAAUUCAGAGAACAAGAUAAUUGCGGAAUAUCCCUCUCACCGAAUAGUCUUCUGCAACUCGUUCUCCGAGCAGGACAAGCAAUACUUCGGUAUCGUGACAAAGUCAGCUAAUCAUACCGACGAGAUAGUCUCGAAUUCGUGCCACGUGUUCACCAUCUACUACAAACUGAUAGAGCAUGCAGUUCACCUGAGUACCUGCAACAUCUUUGGAUUCACGUGUACGAAGACAUCUGAGCUGACAGUUUGUCAGGAGUUUCCUGACAGUUGCAACGGUCUGAUAGGUGCCAUUCAGACCCUCUACAUAACAGACACAACAGACUCAGAGGCCAAUCCCUUCAACGAGAGCAACAGGAGACAGAGGAGAGAGGCUGUCUCCCCCCAGCCCUCGAACCUCAGCACAUCAACUGCUCACUCUUCGAACAGUGACUCUGGAAUUGGCUUCAAGGAUGAAUUUGGCAGCCACUACUCGGUGACAGAGCGCAAUGUGAACCUCGAUUAUUCGCAGAGAAGACCGCCAAUGCCAGCAGCAAACUCUCGAUUAACCGUUCGUGCAACGCAGGACUCACAAAAUGAACGUAGAGUGGAGAAUGGGGAUGGGGGCACGAGGGGUGGAGGGGACGUCACCUGCCCCGGACCAUCUGCCACUCUUACAAUGACCAAACUCGACGCCUCGUCAGUCGGCUCGUCCACAUUUUCACGUACCAUUGCUGGGAUGCUACACACUGUCGACGCAGACGACAUGGAGUUUUGUGAUAACGAUGCGGGUGAUAAACUUAGUCCUAAGGUUUUCAAUGUCACGAAGGCACUGGUGCACAGUAUGGAGGAUCUCAAGAAUGAGGGGGAGACGGUGGAUGUCUUCGCCAAGCCUGCCGAUGUGAGACCCUGGGGGAGUCUGCAGGAGAUCAGAAAUGUCGGAGGGUUCCAAUCCAAUUCUUCGUUAUAUGGGAGUAUAGAGUCGUGCGAUAAGAAUGACGCUGGGCUUGGAGUGCGCUCUUGGGGAGCGGGGUUUGAGAACCUCUUGAAAGAUCCAAAGGGACUACAGACAUUUGCAGAAUUCUUAAAAAAGGAAUUCAGCCAUGAAAACAUAUACUUCUGGGCGGCCUGCGAGCGCUACAAAGACACAGAGGACGCAACCUCCAGGCGACGACUGGCCUGGCAGAUCUACCAGAGGCACCUCUCCACAAAUGCCUCGGAGCCAGUCAACGUGGACAGUCACGCCGCUGGGCAAAUCACCCAGGAGCUUCUGAAUCGUGCCCCAGAGGAGCUCUUCCUCCAGGCCCAGAAGCAGGUCUUCAACCUCAUGAAGUUCGACAGUUACCCUCGCUUCCUCAAAUCAGCUCUCUAUCAUCACUGCAAGGAGAACGGCACUGGCGUCAGAACUGAGGAUCACGAUCUUGAUUUAACGGGUUCACCAAAUGUCAAGUUGAAGAAGAGUCAUUCAGAUGCUGAGGAUCGAUGUAGGAAGUCGAUAUUGCCUUGGCAUCGUAAGAAUAGAUCAAAAUCGAAGGAUCGAGGAGAGUCAGAAUACAACAAAACUCCAAACAGAGGAGAGCCCAUAUACAAGAGCUUUACAACAAUAAAAAGAGAUACAGAGGGCAACAACAAUGAUGAUAGCAUCUCCAUAUCAAGUAGUAGAUCAUCCCUAGCAUCCUGGGACCUCGCACUACGUCAGUCCUUCAGUAAACACUCACUAUCGUCGUACGAUGGUCAGAAUGAUAAGAAAGAGGUACAGACGAAGUGCACUGGCUUGUGCCGGGUUAUUUUACCCGAUGGCUCAACAACGGUCGUACCAACAAGCCAAUCUGAGAGCAUUAAAGAUGUUGUUACCCGGCUUCUUGAGAAACGAGCACUACGAUAUUCUAAUUAUGAUGUUCUCGUACUGGCCACAGACGAGAUGAUAAAUCUGAAAUAUUCAUCGUCGGUGCUUGCUGGACAAGAGGUGGAGGUGGUACCAACGAAAGUACUGAAAGUCGAUCUGCCAUCUCGAAGGAUAAUAACAGUAGUGGCUCACAAGAAUCGAACGUUGCGAGAGGUUCUCAGGCCUUUGCUCAACAAAUACGGUUUCAAACUCGAAUUGAUCACCAUUUGGGGUGAGGGACAUCCAGUUUCAUUGGAUAUACCGGCUAUUAAUGCUCCCAGCCGGCUGGUACUGACGUCCAACAAUGAAGAUUUUCAACGAGAUAAUUUACAUUACCAAGAGGACAUUGAGCAGGGACAGUCUCAGCUCGAUGAAAUUACUAAUAAAGUAUUCGAAGAACUUUUAGUCGGGAAGAGUACAAAUAAAUAUUACAGUGAAGGUUCAUGCAAGUCUGACGACCAGCGCUCCGAAGGCUCCUCCAUCCUCUCCAGCAAGUUUUUCACAAGAGACACAACAGUUCUUGGAAAGAAAAAGGGGAAAUCGAAGAGCAGUAAUUUGAGUGAGAAGAGCAAUUCCACGGACUAUACAGGGGAGGAGAGUUUGCAAUCGAGUAGACCACAUGCUCCGUUAAUAGCCAAGUGGCGAAAUGGGGUCAAACUUCAAUUGCCUGGAAGAUUCGAUGGUGACGAAUUGUACGAGGGAUUGAAGAGGGCUCAACGGUCGAGACUCGAGGAUCAGAGGGGCACAGAAAUCAAUUUUGAGCUUCCAGAUUUCUUGAAGCAAAACAAGGAAAAUGGAAAGCACACAGAGGUUAAAAAGCACAGAAGAGGUCGUCUCCUGGGCUCGAGUUCGGACUGCGCCUCGAAAUUCUACGACUCGAGUGACGACAGCAAAAAGCUCAACCUAGUGACAAACCCAGUAAUCGAGAAGUGUCACUACAACUCCGAGGACUCUCAACCUGCCCUAAAGUCCCUGGAGUCAUCGAAAAGGUUUGACUCCAUGAGCAGUCUCGAUGGUACCCUGGAGGACGUGGACAAGACAAUAAUCGAGAACGGAAAUAGCUCGAAUCAGUCGAAAAAUCAAGAGUCGUUUUUCGAGAAUCAGUUCCCUGGAUCGCCAGGGAAAUUAUCAAAGCCUCCACCGCUUCCGCCCAAACCCAAGGGUCUUCUGACGAAACCGUUGCCACGAGCCACUCAAAUCAGUCCCAUAACGCCGUUGGAGUCACGUGAGAAUAAAAAUAUUUUCUGAAUUUUGUUGUCAAAUAUUGAAUUUUCUCAUCAUCACUAGUUGUCACAAGAGACAAGCGGGACUUUAGACUCUGAAAGUAUUUUAAACGUAAUUUUUUAACUGAAAAAUCGCAAUUUUAUGGAGAAUUUAUCGAGCAACUGUACAUUCUAACACAAGUGCCUUAUAAUUUUUUUAACAAUUGCAAUCACGUUGUGAUGAGUAAGUGUUACUCAGAUGGAAGAAUAUUUCGAAAAUAUUUUCCUGGUUAUACAGGAUCAAAGUUGAAUCUAUUACGUAAUUUAAAAAAAAUUUAAAUUACCUAAAUCAACUAUUUAUGAAAUGUGAAAGUUUUAACUGAAUGAAUAAAAAGAAUUAUUUUGUAUGCAGUACAAUUUCUGUUUUCCAAUUAAUUCCUGUAAUGUCAAUUAAAAUUGUGAAAGAAUGCUAAUGAGGGACUUUAACAGUUUUAUGGAAAAUUUAUUUCAAAGAAAUUGCGAUGACUCAUUGUGAUGCGUAAAUAUUAUUCAAAUGGAAGAAUACCUGGAGAUUAUGUUCCUGGUUGUACAGGAUCGAAAUUGGUGAAUUUAUUGUUGAACGAUUAUUUAUAAAAUGUGAAAGUUUAUAAAUAACUGAAUUUUACGUGUAUAAAUAAAGAAAAUUAUUUUGUAUGCAGUA